AUGAAGCAGUUAUUGAGCAAUUGGCGCCUGGAGACGGGCGCGGCAAAGCACGGGGCAGAGGGCGGGGAGAAGGGCGAGGUGGGCGAGCAGGGCGGGGCGGAGGGAGAGGAGGGCGAGGCAGAGGACAGGAUGAUGGAGAGGGGGAAGGGCGUGGAGGGCGAGGCGGCGGCCGAGCAGGGCGGGGCGGAGGGAGAGGAGGGCGAGGCAGAGGACAGGAUGAACAAGAGGGAGAAGGGAGUGGAAGGCGGGGCGUCGGGCGUGGAGGGCGCGGCGGAAAUCGUGGAGCGGGUCAACUUGGCCGCGGGGCUGGAGGUAGAGGAAGGGGCGAAGGAAUGGGACGAGGAAGAGGAAGGGGUGCCACAGCCCGCUCUCUGCCAUCUUUCCACCCUUGCCUCCCUGCCAUUGACAGGAUAUUGCACGGAGGAGGAGGGAGGGAGAGGCGGGGCCCAUAUCAACGGUUUCCCGGCUGCUUCCCAGCGAGCAGCCAUCCCGAAUGCCAGUGGUGCUAGGUCCGGCGCAGCAGCUUCACACAGAUCAGCAUCUUUUGGGGGGCAGCCUCCCCCUAGCAUGAUGCCUGGUGGAGGGGUCCCCGUGCCUAUAGCUGAUGCGCAGACUCCCCACCUCGGUUCCCCUGCCUCAGUAGGUCAUGUACCGGGCGGCUCCUCAAGAAACCCCCCUGGGAGUGGAAAUCUCGCGAGGCCAGGUGUCUCCUCUGGACACGGCUAUGGUUCUUGUGGGGGCAUGCAUCAACCCACCCCCUCCCCAGGUCAUGCGGCUGCUUAUUCAGGCCAUUCCAACCAUGAGUUGGGCGCCAUCCCCAAUGGAAUAGGGGGGCGUAUCAGCGGCGGUGCACGCGCAGCAGCAUCAGCACCAGCGUCUCCCGCGAGUAUGGGACGUGCUCCAGUGGCCCAUGGACCGUCCGUCUCGCAUCCGCUGAACCAGUCGGCCUCGGCCGGUAGUCGGAGGCCAUUGGCUGCACCGAGGCCAGGACUCGGCAUCCCCCUUAACCCGGGCCCUCGCCCAGUCGCAUCGGUGGCAGAGCAAGCUGCGAUGAAUAAGACACGCACAGAGGAGGAGGGAAGGAGAGGCCGUGGUGAAAUGCACAGAGGAGUAGGGAAGGAGGCCGUGGUGUGUGUGAGCCUCCAUGCUGCUUGUAUUGGGUUUGAUUCAUACCCUGCUACUCCUCUCAUCCUUUCCUCUGUAUCUGUCCUUAUCUCCCUGCCGUUGGCAGGAAAUGCACAGAGGUGGAGGGAGGGAGAGGCUGAGGAAAUGCAUGAAAGCAGAUGGAGGGAGUGGCUGAGGUGUGUGUGGGCCUCCAUGCUGCAUCUAUUGAGAUUGGUUUUAUCUCAUCCUUCCUCUCUCUGUCCCUAUCCCCCGUCCACUGUCAGGAAAUUACCUGUGGUGAUUUCUCCGGGGGGCCACGUGAGAGCACAGAUGCUGCAGCGGCUGCUGUCCCCAUCCCGUGACGACACGAGGGAACAGACGCUCGUUCAUGCUGCAGCCGUCACAGUUACUACUGGCACCACUGCCUUUGACACUUGCUCCAUUGCUGCUGCUGGAGAGGGGUUGCAGUCCCUGCCUAGCCAUGUGUCGGCGUGUGUUGCGAUGCUGGCAGCUUUGGGUGCUAGAAACUGCAAUGCAAGCCUUCGUUCUGCCACCACUGGUGCCAACACUUGUGCUGUCUCAAGAAAGAGAUCGUGGGAGCAGGCUGUGAUGCCGAUGCAGUCACGGCAGGGAGCGGAAGGAGCUAUCGAUGGGCAGCUGAUAACUUCCGAGGUGUCUCGAAAGCGGUCCCUGUCUCAAGAUUCCUCCACGGGAGUGGAGGGAGUUCUGGAUGGGCAGCUGAAGGCGCUGCUGUUGGAGAUGGAGGAGGAGGAAAGAAGGGCAGUGCAGGCUCCGUUGGCUGGGAGCAACGCGGAGGUGGCAAAGGACCUGCUGACCCGAUACGGAGGAGAGUACCUUGGGACCUCCGCUGAGAGCAACGCGGAGGUGGCGAAGGACCUGCUGACCCGAUACGGAGGAGAGUACCUUGGGACCUCCGCUGGGAGCAACGCGGAAGUGGCAAAGGACUUGCUAACUCGCUAUGGCGGGGCGUACCUUGGGACCUCCAUCGCCCUCUCCCUCGUCUCCUUCUCCCUCUGCUACCUGCUCGUUGACCAAGGCGUGGAUGUGGCUGGGCUACUCGACUCGUUCGGUUUGCAUGUGGACAGCACAGGAGAGGCAGUGGGCACUUUUGCCAUUGCCUAUGCAGCGCAUAAGGCCCUCUCCCCUGUCCGCUUCCCUCCCACUGUCGCCCUCACUCCCGUGGUGGCUGGGUGGUUGGGGAAGAACAAGGAGAAGGAGGAGGAGGGGAGCAAGGGGGAGUAA